AUGGAUCAAACAAAAAAAAAAAAGUCGACGCAUCGGGGAAAGUACGGGAUACAACCAUCAAUAACUAACUUGCACUGCACUGGCACAGGGAUCUACAGGCCUAACCAAAUCCUUCCCAAACCAGGUACCGUACCACGACCGACACUUGGCCCCAUCUCUUCCCGUGCUCCCGGUAGCCUUACCGGACGGGGUACAUCAGCUGUGAAUGUCGCAUCUCCGCGGACCACCAAAAAUAUUUGCAAGUUCUAUCGAGCAAUCAUUACCCCAGCGUUUCCUCAUUGGCUCCGUCUGCAACAACUCCAUCCUUUCCUCACCACAACUACCGAUCCCACAUUUCCUUCACCGAAAAAAAAAAUUCUUGCCACGCCGGGAGCCAUUCGUCAGAUGCGUGGAAGCUCGUUAAAUUCUUCUCCUUUCGCCUAUUCAUAUUGUGUGAACGAUCCUCAACCAUUGACCAUCGAACGUGAGACCCCCCUGAUCGCAAUGCCAAGGCCCACGUGGAUAUUGUAUGGCUAG